AUGAAUGGACCCGUGGACGGCCUGUGUGACCGCUCUCUGAGCGAGGAAGGCGCUUUCAUGUUUACUUCAGAGUCGGUGGGAGAAGGACAUCCAGAUAAGAUCUGUGAUCAGAUCAGUGAUGCGGUGCUGGAUGCCCACCUCCAGCAGGACCCCAAUGCCAAGGUGGCCUGUGAGACAGUGUGUAAGACAGGCAUGGUGCUGCUAUGCGGGGAGAUCACCUCCAUGGCCACAGUGGACUACCAGCGAGUGGUACGAGAUGCCAUCAAACACAUCGGCUACGACGACUCUGCUAAGGGCUUUGACUUCAAGACGUGCAACGUGCUGGUAGCUUUGGAGCAGCAGUCCCCAGAUAUUGCCCAGGGUGUCCACCUAGACAGAAAUGAAGAAGACGUUGGUGCUGGGGACCAGGGCUUGAUGUUCGGCUAUGCCACUGAUGAGACGGAGGAGUGCAUGCCGCUCACCAUCAUUCUCGCUCAUAAGCUCAAUGCCCGGAUGGCCGAGCUGAGGCGCUCAGGAAUCCUUCCCUGGCUGAGACCGGACUCAAAGACACAGGUGACGGUGCAGUACAUGCAGGACAAGGGCGCAGUGAUCCCCGUGCGCAUUCACACCAUCGUCAUCUCGGUGCAGCACGAUGAGGACAUCUCGCUGGAGGACAUGCGCAGGGCCCUGAAGGAGCAAGUGAUCCAGGCUGUGGUGCCCGCCAAGUAUCUAGACAAGAACACCAUCUAUCACCUGCAGCCCAGCGGCCGUUUCGUCAUCGGGGGGCCCCAGGGGGAUGCGGGCGUCACAGGCCGAAAGAUCAUCGUGGACACCUAUGGCGGCUGGGGGGCGCAUGGUGGCGGUGCCUUCUCCGGGAAGGACUACACCAAAGUGGACCGCUCUGCUGCAUAUGCUGCCCGCUGGGUGGCCAAGUCCCUGGUGAAGGCAGGACUCUGCCGGCGAGUACUGGUGCAGGUGUCCUAUGCCAUCGGAGUGGCCGAGCCCCUGUCCAUUUCGCUCUUCACCUAUGGGACAUCUCAGAAGACUGAGGCGGAGCUUCUAGAAGUGGUGCACAGGAACUUUGACCUCCGGCCCGGUGUCAUUGUCAAGGAACUGGAUCUGAGGAAGCCCAUCUACCAGAAGACGGCGUGCUACGGCCACUUUGGGAGAAAGGGGUUCCCCUGGGAAGUCCCCAAGAAACUGGUGUUUUAGGCAUGACGGGACUGAGGUGUCCCCACUUGGAAUCCCUCUUCUUCAGGCUCCCUUGACCCUGGCUUCCAGCCCUCCCAGCAGCUCCUGCCCCAACCCACCCCUGUUCCCCAGGGGAUUCCCAUGGUCCCUCCUCUCCACAGGUCCGGGGUUGUUGAUGAUUUAGUGGGCACUCCCCCACCCCCC